UGGAAAUGGGAAGUGGGAAGUGGGAGUAAGGUUGGGGAUAUUUAUUGGAAUGGUGUCUUGUGGCCGGUAAUGUUUUACUGUGGCGGUAUUAGGGAUAGAAAUUACGAAAUUUCAUCAUAUUACGUGAGAACCGAUAAACACGAAAAAUAUGGCCCAUCAGUUGUUAUUCUCGGCUGCGAAAUUCGAAAAAUUCAUGUUGAAAUCUGUGUACAAAAAUGCUGACACAAUGCAGUUACGAAGAUAUUUGUCAUUGUUUAAAAAUGACACAGAAGCAACUAUGUUUGAACACUUACAACGGCAGUGGAAGAUAUUGUGUAAUGAAGCACCAAAAGGAUUUGAAAAGUUUUUUAAAGGAAAUGGAAAAGGCACCUCUAAAACUGCAGACAAAGUCGAGGAAAAAGUUAAAAAAGGUUCAGACAAAGAGGCUGCUAAACCAUCGAGUAGCACAUCUUCCCGGUCUACAUCUAGCAAUAAAUCCGGUUUCCAGUGGAAUUUUCAGUUUAAUGUGACUGGACCGGGUGGAAAGAAACCUUUUGAAGAUUCACCAAAUGAGAAAGCAAUGCUGAUGUUUGGUGUAUUAUUUGCAGCAGCUCUAGGUUUAUGUUUAAAUGCGGUAUUCAAUUCUGCAGAAGAGAUCACAUGGAGAGAUUUUAUAUCAAAGUGUUUAAAUAAAGGAAUUGUAGACAAAUUAGAAGUUGUUAAUAAACAAUGGGUUCGUGUAAAAUUGUUACCUGGAAAUUUGGUGAAUGGAUCUGAUACUUUAUGGUUUAACAUUGGAAGUACUGAAACGUUUGAAAGGAAUUUAGAAAAUGCACAAAUUGAAUUAAAUAUAGAACCACAAAAUUAUGUGAUAGUAGUUUACAAAGAUGAGGUAGAGAUGCAACAUGUUUUGAAAGUUUUGCCACAAUUACUCAUGUGGGGAUUUCUCAUAUUCAUACUCCGAAAAUCGCUGCAAAGCUUUUCUGCGGGAGGCAAAAGAGGUCGAGGACUUUUUGGCGGAGUAAUGGAAUCGACUGCAAAAUUAAUUAAUUCCAAAGAUAUUGGUGUUCGAUUUAAAGACGUCGCUGGGUGUGAGGAAGCGAAAAUUGAAAUUAUGGAAUUUGUAAAUUUUUUGAAAAAUCCUCAACAGUACAUUGACCUUGGUGCCAAGAUUCCCAAGGGCGCAAUGUUAACAGGUCCACCGGGUACUGGAAAAACAUUAUUAGCAAAGGCUACAGCCGGAGAGGCGAAUGUUCCUUUUAUCACUGUGUCAGGUUCUGAAUUUUUGGAAAUGUUUGUCGGUGUUGGUCCCUCGAGGGUUCGAGAUAUGUUUACAAUGGCGCGAAAGCACGCUCCGUGUAUAUUGUUUAUUGAUGAAAUCGAUGCAGUAGGAAGAAAAAGAGGAGGUCGUAAUUUUGGUGGUCAUUCUGAACAAGAGAAUACGCUUAAUCAACUUUUAGUUGAAAUGGAUGGAUUUAAUACAACAACCAAUGUAGUCGUAUUAGCGGCAACUAACAGGGUAGACAUAUUAGACAAAGCACUAUUACGACCUGGAAGAUUCGAUAGACAAAUUUUCGUCCCUGCUCCAGACAUUAAAGGACGAGCAUCUAUUUUCAAGGUGCAUUUAGCACCGUUGCGGACUACGUUAGAUAAAGACCAGCUGGCAAGAAAAAUGGCUUCGUUAACGCCUGGUUUUACAGGAGCUGAUAUCGCUAAUGUAUGCAAUGAAGCAGCUUUAAUAGCAGCAAGAGAUAUGAACGAUAAUAUUCAACUGAAACAUUUUGAACAAGCUAUUGAAAGAGUAGUUGCUGGUAUGGAGAAGAAGACAAAUGUUUUACAACCUGAAGAGAAAAAGACAGUUGCGUACCACGAGGCUGGUCACGCGGUAGCAGGUUGGUUUUUAGAACACGCGGAUCCACUUUUGAAGGUAUCUAUAAUUCCUCGUGGGAAAGGAUUGGGUUAUGCUCAGUAUUUACCACGUGAACAGUAUCUUUACACAAAGGAACAGUUGUUUGAUAGAAUGUGUAUGACACUCGGUGGACGAGUAUCCGAAGAAAUAUUUUUCGGGCGCAUUACGACGGGAGCGAGAGAUGACUUGGAAAAGAUCACGCAAAGUGCAUACGCGCAAGUCAUACAGUACGGUAUGAACGAAAAAGUUGGCAACGUUAGCUUCCAAAUGCCUCAGCCAGGAGAGAUGGCUUUUGACAAACCUUAUUCCGAACAUACUGCACAACUGAUCGACAGUGAAGUACGUGCAUUAAUUGAAAGAGCCCAUGCACAUACGCAUACUUUACUUACACAGCAUAAGGAAAACGUAACUAAGGUUGCCGAACGAUUAUUAAAACAAGAGAUUUUAAGUAGAGAAGACAUGAUAGAAUUACUUGGCCCCAGACCUUUCCGUGAAAAGUCAACUUACGAAGAAUUUGUCGAGGGUACCGGAUCGUUCGAAGAGGACACCACGUUACCGGAAGGAUUGAAAGAAUGGAACAAAUCGAAAGACACUAAAGACAAGGAAGGACAAGUUUCACCAUCAACGGAUGCGGCUUCAGCUAGUGGCCCUAAAGACCAGCCGCAACACCGAUUAUAAUUAUACAGUUUAGAUUAUAGUCUCCUAAGUACCUUGUAUUAUAGUUUGAAAUAUAUAACUGGUAUAAGUAACAAUACACGAGUGUGCAUUCGGUUGCAUCGAUUGCAUAUACCAUAUUCAUAUAUUUUGUAAUUCAUGAAGGCUGCCAAGUUCGUAAUCUUGCAAAGUAUUCUUCACGUGAUACAGUGACUCAUUUGUCAGUGUAUGCGCUAUUUACACAUUAUCACCAUCUUUCGUAGCGAUUAUUAAGGUGACUGAGGAAAUAUGCAGUUACACGCGUUUUUUAAAUUUACCGUGAUAUUGCAUUUAUACACGUAACAUGGUAUUGUACGAUGCAAGACGUGAUGUCAAAACCAAGAAAAAGCAUGUAACUUUUAUUAUUUACGUAACUGUACGGAACGCAAUUACUCCUGUUCUUUUUUGUAAGAAUUAAAUCAGCAGAAGGGCAUGGACUGAUGAAAGAAGUAACAGUGACGGUUUAUGUAAUUUUUUGCAACGUAUAAUUAAUAAAGUUUACAAAUGUA